AUGAUGAAGGAAUCACCGUUUGACAAGAGUCCACCACCAUUCCAUCGAGAGCCAACGACUGAGAAAUCGCGCCCUCCGCAGACAACAACUCGUCUAACCACGACACCUUCCCGAACAACUGCCACACCUCCAAAAACGAAGGCUCCCUCUCCUCCUUCUCCCCGGACUACCACAACAACGACUCUUCGAACCACCGUGGCAUCAACAGCAGGGACUAUCCCUUGGUGGAUGACGAGCUCUCCUCCAACGAUCGCGACAACUCGUCCACCAGUGCACACAAGUCCUGAGACAACUACAACACCAUGGUGGAUGUCUACAGUUUCUGACUCAACUAGCACGACUCCAUGGUGGAGGUUCGUUUCUUCUCCAGCAGCAACGAUGACUACCCCGACAACUACCACGCGGAGCGCGUGGACUACCCCAUGGCGCAUGUCGACAUCUCCUCCAACGGUCGCGACAACUCGUCCAACAGUGAGGACUACUCCUCCAUCAACCACUGAACCAUGGUGGAAGUCAACAACGUCUUAUGCGCGGACGGGUUACUUCUCCGUGGUGGAUGUCGACAUCUCCUCCAACGGUCACGACAACUCGUCCAACAGUGAGGACUACUCCUCCCACCACCACUGA